CGGUGCGUGUAGUUUGGAACACAUGUGCAGGCGUGCUAGAGAAAGCAAAACAAAUGCUACAAAUUACAUAAGACACAUUAGUGCUAUAGGUGGUUGUCACUGACUGUUAUGGACGGGGUCCGGUGGGUGUUCCGCUGCGGUUCGUGGGUACCGACCCGUUCCGAGUGGACCCUGGCGGCCCGCUGCGUUCAGCCGGAGGAGAAAGAACGAAUCGGGCAGUUCGUGUUCGCUAAAGACGCCAAAUCUGCCAUGGCGGGUCGUCUGAUGAUCAGAAAGCUGGUGUGUGAGAAGAUGGGUUUUGCAUGGGACGGGUUUCGUCUGGAAAGAACCGCACGGGGUAAACCUUUCCUGCCACGGACCUCGUCCACUCCCGGCGUCCCCCAUUGGAACUUCAACGUGUCCCAUCAGGGAGAUUAUGCCGUGCUGGCAGCAGAAGCGGGACGCCAGGUGGGCGUAGAUGUGAUGAAGACCAGCAGACCAGGCAGUAGCUCUGUUCAGGAGUUUUUCCGCAUCAUGAAUCGUCAGUUCACGGAUCUUGAGUGGACGAACAUACGGAAGGCCGGAUCAGACUGGGACCAGCUGGACAUGUUUUAUAGGCACUGGGCGUUGAAGGAGAGUUUCAUCAAAGCGAUUGGCACAGGGCUGGGCUUCGACCUGCAGAGGGUGGAGUUUCACAUCUCACCCAAUCAGAUGCGAGAGGGCCAAGUGUACCAGCUGACACGAAUGUACCUGGAUAAUGAAGAAGAGGACUGGACAUUUGAGGAGAGCUUAUUGGACAAAGAUCAUCACGUCGCCGUGGCGCUGGGAAAGCCAGAUAUCAGCACGUCUGAAGGGGAGGGUGGGACUGUUUGUGAAGCUCCGCCCCUUUCAUUCACACUGUUGAGUUUCAGUGAUCUGGUGUCUAAAGCCACGCCCCUUCUAGAGGAAGACCCCGCCUACUGGGAGAGAUUUCAGAGCAAAAAGGAAGCACCCUCAAGACAAAGUGAACAGCAGUGA